CUAUUGUUAGCAACAUUAAAAAUAAACUAAAUGUUCUUUAUUUAAAAACUAUGACAUUAUUGAUUUUUGUUACUAUAGAAACACUCUUCAUAAUACCUUCGAAAUGUAACGUGCUCCCAUUUCAGCUGGAAUAAAUCUUUAUUUUCCCUAGCACAUCUUUUAACUAUAAAUACCUACAGUCCACUCAGCUCCACCUGACCAUGGCUCCGCCAUAUGGUCCUUCAACGGAAAAGAUCAGCGCCGAAGAUGGAAUCACGCAGUAAAUUACAUUGAAGGUCAGAAAUCAUUCUUUACCUCGUCGACUUGAAUGAAGAGCCGAGCGGCGCUAUAUAAAAGGAUAAAGAAUGCAGUAAUACAUUUUUUUUCUCGCCGACGGCGCAAUUAAAGAAGAAGAAUUGUAAUAUAUCGUUUUUUCUUUCGCCGUCUUGCAAGGCUGAGCGGCGCAAUACGAAGAAAAACGCAAGAUUCAUAUAACGCAAUGAUGCACCAACUAGCGCUAUCAUGAAAGCGCGUGCAAGCAACAUUUAAAUCGUUUCGUCUACAUUGUGGUAAACGUGCAAUCUUGAACGCAUCCCUUCGUGCUCGUGCGGGCGGCAGCAUUGCGCAGUCAUCGAGUGCGACUAGCUCCUCGACCAAUCGCAGCGCCGUACGUGAACGCCGAGAACGCAACACACUGCGCUUCAACUCACAGCCACUGACGUGACGACGCCAUUAUCCGUUUCGUGUUUGAACUAUUUAAUUUCUUUACCGAAAAACAUAUUUAGUAAAUUAGUCGUGUAUUGGUGUAUUCCAGUAGUGUGAAAUUGUAAUAUUUAAGUGUAUUAGUGAUUGUUUAAGGCAUUUUAUACAAAAUUGUAAUCGUAAAAAUGUCAGAGGCUGAACAGAAAGAAGCCAUAGCGGCGCGAGGUCGCGCUAAAGCCUCUAUCACGCGCUUGAAAAACAGCCUUGACCGCGAAGCGCUCAUAAAUUCACCGAUAGAAUUAGUUACAGUAAAAAGGGCUAGACUUUUGGAUGCCUUUUCUGACUACGAACGCCUUACUAGCAAGGUUGCCUCGCUUUUUUCUUCCCCACCAGCUACCCUCGCCAGCGAUGACGAGGAGGUGGAAGAUAACUACAUUUUGUUGGUAGCGCAGCUAGAUAGCAUCAUAAAUGUUAUCCGCCAAAGGGACAAUCCUCAAGUGAACGCCACAAGCAGCAGCGCAACUGGAGUAAGUGUAAAGUCGGAGAACCUCAAACUGCCUCGGAUCGUGAUAAAAACAUUCACAGGUAAAUACACAGAAUAUUACGAAUUUAUAAACAUGUUCACAGCCAUGAUCGAUAAGUGUACUUCUUUUUCAGCAGUGCAAAAGCUAUAUUAUCUUAAAGGUUUUUUAAGCGAUGAACCGCUCGAUUUAAUAAAAAAUCUACCAUUAGAAGACAACAGCUACCCAGAAGCAUUGUGCUUGCUGAAAGAACGAUACGAUAAUAAAGUUCGAAUUACCCAAGAACAUAUAAAUACACUGCUAGAUAUGCCUACAAUCACGCGAUCUAAUGUCACUAAUUUACGAAAUUUUAUUUCAGUUGUAAAACAGCAUCUUGCUGCUCUGCGAAACUUGGGUGAGCCUGUAGAUAAGUGGGAUGCCAUAAUCAUUUGCAUCCUAUCUAAGAAGAUCGACCUGCCUACCUACAGAGCAUUUCAACUGGAGCGAAAUAACAAUGAGUCACCCACGGUAAAGGAAUUCCUAGGAUACGUGGAAAAACGUGCCCUAGCAUUCGAGAACACUGACGUACAGAAGGGGCCUUCGCAGAGCUUUGUCAGUCAUUCUAUAACUGCACAAGCAAAGCCGUCAGCGCAUCAGCCUCAGCUGCAAUGUUUAUAUUAUUCUCCUGACACAGCUGGAGUCCAAUAAUGGAAACCUAGCAACCUUCCAGCCUACAGUGACUGCAGGCAGUGCAAGUACUUUAGCACCGAGCAUUACAACCUCGAGUGCUGCAACUACGAGUACUUCAAUAGCAUGUGCCGCUACAUCACAAGGACCUACGCUUGUGCAGACAGCAUUUGGCGUAAUCAUUGCCGGCCGCACGCAGCUACCUGCAAGAAAUUCUGAUCAGGUCACAUCUUUGUUUUGUAGUAAAUGCAAUGACAAUUUAAGCGAACAGUUAAGUGCAUUUUGGGAAACUGAAAAAGUACCUGAAAUUUUUCCAGAAAAAUUACCAGAGCAAGAUUACUGUGAAAAGCUUUUUAGGGAAACCACAAAGCUAGUGGAUAAUAAAUAUGAGGUCUCACUGCCCACCAAGGUCCCUUUAGAGCAAAUCAACUCUGAGUUAGGGGAAUCUUUUCACUUAGCACUCAAUAGGUUUCUUAAUCUAGAAAAGAGGUUACACAUGCCAAAAAAUCAAGCUCUUUUCACUGAAUACAAAAAAUUUAUAGAUCAAUAUGUUGAUUUAAAUCAUGGAGAAUACAUUGACAUAAAUAAAUAUGAUUUAACUAAAGAUCCUGUGAACUUUGUCCCUCAUCACCCCGUGAUUCGCUUAGAAGCACGGACUACAAAGCUCCGUUGUGUUUUUGACGCUUCAAUGCGCACAAAUAAGAAAGUUUCUUUGAAUGAUAUGCUUCUAAAUGGCCCUGUGGUGCAGAGAGAUCUGUUUGACAUACUAAUAUUGUUCAGAGCUGACAAACUCUUUUUUAUUUGUGACAUAAAAUCAAUGUUCCGCUGUGUUAAUUUAAAUCCAGCUCAACGAUCACUACAAAACAUUCUUUGGCGAGAGUCCAAAAAUAAUGACAUAAGGUGUAUUCAACUUAACACGGUAACUUACGGCAUGAAACCAAGUUCCUGGUUAGCCACAAAAUGUCUUAGUGAUCUUGCAGAAAGAAAUGAACAUUCUAUGCCAUUGGCAGCGUCAGCUAUAAGAAACAACACAUAUGUUGACGAUAUUCUAGUAUCUUGCAGCUCUGAACAAGAACUAGUACAAACGCAAUCACAGUUGGUCAAUAUGCUCAAUCUGGGAAGUUUUCACUUGCACAAAUGGGCCUCGAAUUGCAUGCUAGUCUUAGAGAGUGUACCCAAAGAAAGUCACUACUUAGGAGAAGUAGAUCUCCAAAAAGAUCAUGCCUUUGUGAAGACGCUAGGCAUUCACCUAGAUGUCAAGUCUGAUGUCUUCAAAAGCACACGCCCUGAGCCAUACAAUAGUUCAAACGAUUGUAAACGCGACAUUUUGAGCUUUAUAAGCAAAUUUUACGAUCCAUUAGGUCUAAUAGGUCCUGUUUUCGUUCGCGCAAAGGUUAUUAUGCAAAUGUUAUGGGCAGCUCAUGAUCUGAAUUGGGAUUCCACUCCUCCAGAUAACAUUCGUAAAGUAUGGACUGACUUUAUUGAUGAUCUCUCUCUGAUGGAGCCAGUAGUCAUACCGCGUUGUGUCAAGUCAGAGCAAACAGUGGCCAAUCAGCUGAUUGGAUUCGCUGAUGCCUCGUCAGUGGCCUAUGGCUGCUGUUUGUACUUGCGCACAAUAGAUGAGCAUGAUAAUGUACGUACUGAGCUAUUAUGUUCAAAGUCUCGAAUUAGUCCAUGUAAGAAAUUACUUAGUACUGCAAGACUUGAAUUGAAUGCUAGCUUGCUCUUAUCUGGUCUAGUAAAACGAGUUCAUGACACUCUGACAAUAAAAUUAGACAUUCAUGAAAUCCAUCUCUUCUCUGACAGUCAAAUAGUGCUGGCAUGGCUAAAGACAGACGUUGCAAAAUUGUUGACAUACGUCGCAAAUAGGGUCCGAGCCAUCAAAGAGUUGACAGAUGGCUAUCAUUGGCAUUAUGUAAACACUAAUGACAAUGCGGCGGAUUGCCUCAGCAGGGGUCUCUUGCCUCAAGAUAUCGCAGGCCACGCCAUAUGGUGGCGGGGCCCGAUAUUCCUGCAUAAUAAAAAUUAUAUUUUUUCAGAAGAAUCACCCAUGCCUACCGAUUUGCCAGAACUGAAACCUGAUCAUACUAGUGCUCUGUGCCUUACAACCACGACGCACGACCCUGAUCUCUUUCAAAUAAUAAAAAAGUUCUCUACUAUAGCGAAAAUGACUCGUGUUCUUGCAUAUAUCCUUAGGUUUUGCAAUAAUGUUAAACCAACUUCUGAGAAUCUUAAAGGCUUCUUAACUAUAGUCGAACUCAACAAGGCCCUCAUGUUAAUAGUCAAACAUGAGCAAGCUCAAUUCUUUUCAGAUGACUUAAGUAUGUUGCGAUCUGGCAAGCAGCUUAAAGGUAAUUUAAAACCACUAACUCCCUUCCUUGAUGGUGAAGGCAUCAUACGAGUUGGUGGUCGAUUGCAAAAUUCGUUGCUUCCUUAUGCUGCACAGCAUCCGGCAAUAUUGCCAAAACAGUCGCCUAUAACAAACUUGCUUAUAAGAAAUGAACAUAUAUGUUUACUACAUGCAGGACAAAAGUUAGUCUUGUGUUCUCUAAGGCAAAGGUUCUGGAUAGUAGAUGGUUUACGUACUGUAAAAAAGAUUAUACAUAAGUGUAUAAUAUGUUUCAGACUGAAGGCGACUGCAGCAGCCUCAGCUGAUGGGUUCGUUGCCUGCAGCACGCGUCACUGCCUCGCGCGUGUUCCAGAGGGUAGGCCUCGACUUCGCUGGGCCGGUCUCAGUCAAGAAUAGCCGCAUCAGAAAACCAGUAAUUGGAAAGGGAUACAUAGCUCUGUUCGUAUGUUUCACUACCAAGGCUAUACAUCUUGAGCUCUGUAGUGAUUUAACGACCGAGUGCUUUCUCGCUUGCUUCAAACGCUUCAUAGCGCGUCGUAACCUGCCCAGCGAGGUCUAUUGUGAUAAUGCAUCUACAUUCAAGGGUGCAAGGAAUAAAUUAGCCGAGUUGUAUCGCCUGCAUGCUUCUCAAACCCAUAAACAAACUGUGACCUCAUUCGCAGCUCAAAAGGGCAUACAAUUUCAUUUUAUUCCUAGCUAUAGUCCGGUGUUUGGCGGUAUAUGGGAAAGCGGAGUGAAGAGUGCGAAGCACCACCUUAAACGUGUCGUAGGUAAAAGUCUCCUCACCUAUGAACAGCUUAAUUCCGUGCUUGUUGAGAUAGAGGGCGUACUUAAUGCCCGGCCCAUUACAGCGGUAAGCAAUGAUCCAGAAGACUUUUCAUAUCUCUCUCCAGGACAUUUCCUUACUGGUGCUCCUCUAAAUACUUACCCAGAACAAGAUGUAAGUAAUAAACCCACUAAUUUGCUUAGGUUCUGGUCUACCAUAACCUGUAUGAAGCAAACCUUCUGGAAGUAUUGGAGUAAGCAUUAUUUAAAUCAAUUACAAAACCGACCUAAAUGGCAAUCGGUUACGCCAAAUGUAGCUAUUGAUAGUUUAGUCAUACUGCGUAGCGACAAUUCACCUCCUCUCGAGUGGCCCAUGGCGAGGGUAACUAACUUGUUUCCAGGAAAGGACGGUAUAGUACGCGCAGUCGAAGUACGCUUGGCAAAUGGUCAUACUCAUAAUAGGUCAAUCACAAAAAUAUGUGUACUGCCUAUAGAUUUAUAAACUAUUAUGAAGGUAUACAUAUGUAUUUAUUUUUAGUGUAAACAAAGAGCUUUUGUUUACAUCUACUAAGCUAUGGGUUGAUUUAUAUGCGCUCGGUCUUAGUGCUAUUUAAUUUUGUUAAAUGUUAAUAAUUAAAUGUUAAACUUAAACAUGCCUUUAAAAUGUAAAUGUAAAAUAGAACUGAAAUGUAAUAUUAUAACAUGAUGUUUAGCGUGUGCGUAACAUAAAUGUAACUUUAAGUUUAUCUUAUCUUCUAGUAUACUAUGCAUAUCUUGUUAACUUAUGUUAAAUGUUGCUCAUGUUAAUACGCUUUUAAUUUAAUAGGAUUUCAUUUUAUUCUCGAGGCGCAAUAAUGUUAGCAACAUUAAAAAUAAACUAAAUGUUCUUUAUUUAAAAACUAUGACAUUAUUGAUUUUUGUUACUAUAGAAACACUCUUCAUAAUACCUUCGAAAUGUAACGUGCUCCCAUUUCAGCUGGAAUAAAUCUUUAUUUUCCCUA